UAAAGUGGGGAUGAUUGUGGAGAUGAAGUAGCAGUAUUUCUGUCGUCGUCUAUAUUCGCGUAAUUUUAGAGAGAAGCAAUGACAUCGCAAAAUCAAUCUGACCUAGAUUCAGUCACCUCCUCUCCUCGCUCCGAUCACCACCGUACCACCGACGAUCUGCCACGUGUACGCUUCAUGUGUAGCUUUGGCGGCAAGAUUCUCCCGCGGCCACACGAUAAUCAGCUCCGUUACGUCGGCGGCGAUACUCGAAUCGUCACCAUACCUCGCCGCGCCGCUACUUUCUCAUCUCUUCAUUCCAAACUCUCCAAACUCGCCGGAGAAACCAAUAUUAGCGUCAAAUAUCAACUCCCAAGCGAAGAUCUCGAUUCCUUGAUUACAGUUACCGGCGACGAGGAUCUCGAGAACAUGAUGGAUGAAUACGAUCGUCUCGUUACCGCCGGCGGAAAACAAUCAGCUCGCCUCCGAUUAUUCCUCUUCUCAAGUGACUCCGUUUCAAGAGCGAGUAGUAUCAGUUCUCUCCUCGAUGGAUCGACUAAGCGCGAGCAUUGGUUUCUCGACGCGCUCAAUGGAGGCGGUGCCGCUGUUCUUGAAGGCGUUCGAUCGGAGGUUUCUUCGAUUGUAUCGGAAGUACCGGAUUAUUUAUUCGGAUUAGAGAAUUCGGAGGAUAAUCUUCCUCGUGAGCCGAAAUUGAAAUCGAGGUUUAACGUGGUGGAUAAGGAUAACGUAUCAGUAUCGGAUCCUGGUUCACCUGCUCCAGUUGUAUCAUCAUCCCCUUUCUGUUCCACCUCGUCGUCGUUAGCUCCUCCGCCUUUGCCGGAUCUUCCACCGGUGAAGACCAAGCCGGAUAACUUCGCUGCGGUAGUAAUCGAACCAAAGGAGACUCCACCAACUCCGGUAGAAAGCCCAGUGGAAACGAACAAACAGCAGAUAUAUAUCCAGCAAACAGGUGGAUACACUGAUAAUAAUCCAAUUUGGCCUCAUUAUCCAGGCACUGGUUUGCGUCAUUUACCUGUUUAUUACCUUCCUGGACAAAUUCAGCAACAACAACAACUCAUAAGAACUCCAUUUGUUCAACAACCAUUCCAGACACAGGCUAUGAAUCAGGUGCCAGUUGGGUUUCAUCAGCAUCCUCAUCAUAUUUAUGGUGGGAUUAAUGUAAGGCAGGGUCCCCCACAACCUUAUGACAUGUCUGGGAGACCUAUUGAUGGAACAACAGGUCAACCUAUAUACUAUGGGUUGAACAAUUCAGCCGGUUUUCCAGGCUAUGCCAUGGCUGCACCUGCACCGCCAGGCGACGAAGAUCAUCGAGAAAUGUGAAGAAGAAGAAGAACAACAACAGGAAGGUUUGAGGAGAUUCUCGUUAAAUAAUAAUAAUAAAUUCAUUAUUAAAUGUGUGUGAUUCAAUAUGUAAGACUUACAAUAGCUGUUAUGUUCUGUUCUGUUCUAUUCUAUUAUGUUUGCUGUUUGUACAUACAUAUAUAUAAUCAUAAAUUGUUGGUUUGGUCAUUAAA